ACGAGGUCAAAGGCGACAUCCAGCAUGGCUGAAUUACAGUCAAAACAACUUUAGCUUGCAGGACAAGCUGUGGAAAAAUAAACAAAGUCAACGACUACGCGAAAGACAGCAUCUUGCUAUCGAAUUCACUAUAUAGGAGCACGCGUUAAUCGUGUAUAAAACAGACCAUGCCAUCUGUGUGCAAUUCGCUCAUCGAUGACAUCGAGGACAUGGUUACCGCUCAGGACCCCACGCCAUACGAGCGCCAGUUUGCCAGAAAGAGCAUCGUGCCUCGACCGCGGAGGAGGAAAGAACAGUUGACCACCGAAGAGCUACAGGCGGACAGCAUCAUCCCCGGCACGCAGAAGAUUUGGAUGCGAACUUGGGGCUGCUCCCACAACAACUCAGAUGGCGAAUACAUGGCUGGACAGCUGGCGGCCAGCGGGUACAAGAUGACAGAGAACCCGUCCGAGGCAGACCUGUGGCUCCUCAACAGCUGCACCGUGAAAAACCCGGCCGAAGAUCACUUCAGAAACUCCAUCAGGAAGGCUCAAGAGCAGGAUAAGAAGGUGGUGGUGGCAGGAUGUGUACCGCAGGCUCAACCCCGAAUGGACUACCUGAAAGGCCUGAGCAUCAUUGGGGUGCAGCAGAUCGACCGUGUGGUGGAGGUGGUGGACGAGGCGGUGAAAGGUCACUCGGUGCGCCUGUUGGGUCAGAAAAAGGAUAAUGGAAAGCGGUUGGGGGGAGCGCGAUUGGAUUUGCCGAAGAUUAGGAAGAACCCACUGAUAGAAAUCAUUUCCAUCAAUACCGGAUGUUUGAAUGCCUGCACGUACUGCAAAACCAAGCACGCCAGAGGAGACUUGGCCAGCUAUCCCAUUGAGGAGCUGGUGGAGAGAGCCCGCCAGUCCUUCCUGGAGGGCGUGUGUGAGAUCUGGCUGACCAGCGAGGACACCGGGGCAUAUGGGAGGGACAUCGGCACUGACCUGCCCUCGCUGCUGUGGAGGCUGGUGGAGGUGAUACCAGAGGGAGCCAUGCUGAGGUUGGGCAUGACCAACCCGCCUUACAUCCUGGAGCACCUGGAGGAAAUGGCCAAAAUCCUCAGCCAUCCGCGGGUGUACGCUUUCCUGCACGUGCCUGUCCAGUCUGCCUCCGACAGCGUCCUGAUGGAUAUGAAGCGGGAGUACUGCAUCGCCGACUUCAAACUCGUCGUUGACUUCUUAAAAGACAAGGUGCCUGGUAUCACCAUCGCCACCGACAUCAUCUGCGGCUUCCCGGGAGAGAUGGACUCGGACUUCCAGGAGACGCUGGAGCUGGUGGAGCAGUACCGCUUCCCCAGCCUCUUCAUCAACCAGUUCUACCCUCGGCCUGGAACUCCCGCCGCCAAGUUUGAGCAGGUCCCCGCCCACACGAAAAAACAAAGGACAAAAGAGCUCUCCCAGCUGUUCCACUCGUACAACCCCUAUGAUCACAAGGUUGGCGAAAGACAACAGGUGCUUGUGACAGAGGAGUCCUUUGAUGCCCAGUUCUAUGUGGCCCACAAUAAAUACUAUGAGCAGGUCCUGGUCCCUAAAACGCCAGAGUUCAAAGGUAAAAUGAUCGAGGUGGACAUCUAUGAGGCGGGCAAGCACUUCAUGAAAGGAAGGCCAGUCGACGCAGCCAGAAUCCUCACCCCCUCCAUCGCCAGUCCUCUGCAGAAGGGGGAGGUUUCUGGGCUGACCAAGAACGCUGCACCUGGUCAGAACGGCCACGGCCCGCCCUUGGCCCUCAGCCAGCCGUGGAGACUGGACAAAGAGGCCCUAAAGAUGUGGUCUGUGGGACUGAUCUUUCUUGGCCUUAUCGUGGCCUUUGCCAUGGAGAAACUUCAGUAAAAUAAGAGGAGUUGAAGAGGAGUCGAAGAGGAGUGGCAUUUGCAGACCCGGGCUCAUCCUGUGGAUGUGUGAGCUUCCAGGGGCCGUAGGUUGCCAGUCCCCUCGACGCUCUUUCGAAGAGAUUUACAUCAAACGUGUGACUGUCCAGUAUUUAUUUUUCAGUGACAAGGAUGUAAAGAUUAUGGGAAAAUAUAUUUUUGGUAACGAAUAUACAUCACAAUUCCCUCCCCUGUAUUAGUCGCACUUUGCUUGAUAUUGCAAAGUUUUAAAAUUAGUUUUAAAAGUCCGCACUUUUGUAGCUACGGUGUGAACUUGAUAUUGGAUUAUGUUUCGUUUUUAGUUUUUUCUUCAUUGCUAGUGCUUCAGUUUCAGAAACAGGUGUCUCAUUGUCUGCCCUGGACAGCGACUGUAUUUUUUUUUUUGUCAGCUUGUGCACUCAGCAUAAAGAAACCAUAAUAAACCAAUGCAGCAAUCUU